AAUUACCGUUUUAUAUAUUCUCAAGGUAGAUCAUUUCAUGAUAGUUGGUUUUGGAAAAAACUACCCUGUGGAGAACCAGUUCGUCGAAAAUGGAUGUCUUAUUCUUGGAUCAAUAACCGAUUAUAUUGUGUUCAUUGUGCACUAUUUGGUAAAAAUAGGAAAUUUGAAUGGGUAUGCAAAUGGUUUUCGGAUUGGAAGAAUGGACCUGUCAAAAUAUGCAAACAUGAAGUUACGGAAAAUCAUACUUUUGCCUCUAUUAAAGCAAUAUAUAAAGAAGCAGCUUUUCCUCUUAUUCAAUCAAUGAAAGAAAAUGAAAUGAAAAAACUAGUAAUGAAUAAAGAAGUUAUCAAAAAUUUAAUAGACAUCACAAUAUAUUUAAGUAGACAUAGCUUACCAUUCAGAGGCCAUAGAGAAGGUUGGCAAGAUAAAAUCCGUGGAAACUUUAAAGAUUUAACUAUUUUUUUAGCAAAAUAUUCAUCGCCAUUAGCAUCACAUUUAACUGAAGUUCAAUUGAAAGGAAAACACACAUAUAAUUUUAUCACAUGGCAACGGCAAAACCAAUUAAUUCAAGCUAUAGCCACUCACAUACGUAAUUCAAUUAAAGAUGAGCUUAUUAAUGCCAAAUAUUUUGCCGUGUCUGUAGAUACUACAUUUGAUAUUUCUCGAAAGGAGCAGUUGUCAAUAGUAUUUCGUUACAUAAAUAAAAACACCGGUGAUGUCUGUGAAAGACUAAUAGCUGUCCGAGAAACUUUAUCAACUACUGGUCAACAUUUGUUUACAAUGUUCAACGAUAUAUGUGAAGAAAUGGAUAUAGAUUGGAAAAAAUAUCUAAUUGGCCAAUCAUACGAUGGUGCAGCUUCAAUGAGAGGCGCCUACAAUGGAUUGCAGGCCAUAAUGAAAGAACAUAACCCUUCCGCUACAUAUGUCUGGUGUUGGGCUCACAGAUUUAGUUUGGUAAUAGUAGAUGCAGUAAGUAGUUGCUCCCAGGCCAAAAAUCUAUUCGGUAAUUUAGAAACACUAUAUGAUUACAUAGGCAGCAGUAAAAAACGAGUAGGGCUAUAUUCUCAACAUCAAAAAGAAAGAUAUCCUGGAAAGCCAUUACGUAGGUUAAAAAGAGUAGAAACUACCAGGUGGUCAUCCCAUGCUGCUGCUCUUCAUACAGUUUUUGAGACUUACGAUUCAUUAAUUGACACAUUGGACGAAUUACAAAAUGAUGUUGAUCGUAUUACUAGUGUUAAGGCUGGAAGUUUAUUGAAUUAUUUAUUGUCAGAAUCAUUUGUAUUAACUGGUUUUAUAUUCAAACAAAUAUUUGAGCUAACUAAUCCUUUAAGUGUAUUUUUACAAGGCGUACAAAUUGAUUUAUUGGCUGCUACUGAGUAUAUACAAUGUGUAUUUGAAAAAAUUCAAGCUUUCAGAGAUGACAAUCAGUUUCAAAGUUUAAUCGAAGAUAAAAAUCAGUUUGUAUCAUCUAAAAGUGACGAAUUAUCUUUCACGCCACUAGUAGCAAAUAGAAAAAGAGCUAAAAAGAAAAUGCCAGGUGAAAUUAUGUCUGAUGAACCUAUCAGCUGUCCAAUAACAAGUUAUAAAGUUAACACAUACUUUACUAUCAUUGAUAUUGUGUGUACUCAAAUUAGAGAAAGAUUUAAUGAUCAGUCAACACCACUAUAUAAAGAUUUAUCACUUUUUCAAGUAAAGAGAAUAAUAGAAGUUAAAGAAAACUCCAAUUUACCAACUGAUGCAUUUGAAGGUUUUGAAAAAAUUUAUGGACAAUUUGUAAAAGCUGAGGAUUUGAGACGUGAAUACAAACAGUUUGUAAAUUCAUAUUUAAUGUUUGAAAAACUUAUAAAAUUACCAGUGAAGAUACAUAAGCCAAUACCAUGUGAUGAUAAUAGCAAUGAUGACAGUGAUGACACCGAAGAAGAAAACACAGAAAAUCAAAUUAUGUCUACAACCUGUGGAACAAUAAACACAGUAUACAAGGUAUGUCAACAAAAUGGACUGAAAGAAGUGUUUCCAGCAAUUUAUACAGCUCUAAGCAUUGGACUAACGUUACCUGCUUCAAGCUCAUCUCCAGAACGAGCCUUCUCAAAAUUAAAACUUAUUAAAAGUAAAUUAAGAAGUACAAUGGCAGAAGAACGAUUAGAUUCUCUGAUGUUAAUAUCAUGUGAGAAUGAUAUUGACAUUGACUCUGACUCAGUUAUAAAUAUUUUUACAUCAUAUAGUACAGUGCUUAAAAAAAUAUUAUGUUAAUCAAAUGAGUAACAGAAUGCAGUAAAAAAUGAACCUAAUAUUAUAUUUAUGUAAAUAGUUGGUUAAUGGUUAAU